AUGCCAAAAAAUAAAAAUCAAACUGAAAAACCGUAUUAUAAAAAAGAAAGAACAAUUAGUGAAUAUAUCACAGAAAUGUUUAAUAAUUUAGUGCCUUUAACUUUACCCGAAAAUAUGGGAGAACAAAGCAACUCAGACACUACACAAAGUCAACAAUCACAAGGAGAUCACUCGGUAUUGUUAAAACAAUACGAGUCAAUGGCAAAGAGACUUGAGGAACAGCAACAAGAACUCGAUCAUCUGAAAUCCAACAACGUUCUUGAAUAUAUUCGUAAGGAAGUAAACUACUUAAAACCAUUCAACGGCGAAGAACAAUAUUCAAUUACUUCAUUCAUCAGAACGGUGGAGGACAUAAUCAACGACAUCAACCCAGAAUCUUUCAUGUACAAACAUAUAAUUAAAAACAUAUUCAAUGAGAAAAUUCAAGGAAACGCUAAAACCAAAAUAUUGGACAUCGAAGAUAGCAGCGACUGGGUAAGAAUUAAAGAAAGAUUGAAAAGCGGGUACAAACCAAAAAUCCAGGUUACAGAAAUUUCAGCAGCAGCAUUUAAUAUGCGGGUAAGUAGUAUUGAAGAAUUAAUUACACAAUUUGAUAAUCUUAGAUGUAAAGCAAACGAGUUAUAUUAUUUCUCUGAAAAAAAAAAUGUAGAAGCUGGACCAGAAAUAAUUGAUCAUAUGCUGGUCUUAGCUAUUAAAAGAAUGAUUGGUGGUAUAGGACAAAGAUUUGUUAGAAACAUAAGUAAUUACCAAGAAUUAAAAAAUGAACUACUUGAAUUGGGUGAUUGCGGGGAUAUUAUUAGAAAUGAAUUUAGGAAACCAUUUAAUAGAUCAGAUAGUAAUAAUAAAAAUUUUAGAAACCAAACCAAUAUAAGAAACCCUGGUUAUAAUAGAAACUUCAAUUAUAACUCAAAUAACCAAGUUAGGAAUCAUACAUUUUUUCAAAAUCAGGCCAAUCAACAGAAUCUUAAUAGAAUUUAUAACUCAAAUCAAAAUACAAAUCAGUUUAGGGAAAGAUAUAAUUCAGACGGACAUUUUAGAAAUUAUAAUAAAAAUUCAGGACAAUUUAGAAAUAGAACGAAUUCAGGACAAUUUAGGUAUAAUAGCAACUACAACAAUAAUAGUAAUAUAACUCAAGUUGAACAAAGUAAUAAUGGGGGUGGUCCACGUGAUGAACCCAUGGACGUUAGCAAUAUAGAACACGAACAAAUAAAUUUUCAAGAACAGCCUCGGGAAACGGACUCCCCAUAG